GGAUCUGCGGGAUGAAAGCUCUUUAUUGACUUAUUUCCUUUGGUUGUGACAAAGACAUGCCUGGAAGUGACAGAAAAAAGCACAGACAUAGAAGUGGCUCUCGUUCUCCGAGUCGAAAACGCAGGAGUCGCUCGCGUUCGCGUUCUCCGCGACGUAAACAUCGAGAUAGACGUUCAACUUCUCCCGUGUCACGAUCAAAACCAACGAUGGAAAAGAAAAAGAUUCCCGAUAGUGACGAGGACAAAAGAAAAAGAAAGAAGGAAAAAGAAUUAUUGAAAGCAUUAGAGACACCCGAGGAAAAACGGGCGAGGAGACUUGCUAAGAAGGAAGCAAAGGAGAGAAAGAAAAGGAAAGAAAUGGGAUGGGACGAUGAGUACCUGGAGUAUACCAACACUGACAAUCCAUUUGGCGAUGCUCAUUUGCUUGAAACUUUUGUCUGGCAGAAGAAGAGAGAAAAAGAUGGAGAGCAGCACUUAAAGGAAGAAGAAAUGAGGAGAAGAGAAAAAGCUAGACAGCAAGAAGCAAAACGAGAAUUAGAAAAAGUGAAAAAGCGAAGGAUUGAAAGAGAACAUGAAAAGCAAAUGAGAGAAGAGGAAAGGGAAACUCUUCAAAGAGAGAAAGAAGCAAAUUCUUUUAAAGAAUGGGAAGAUCAAGAGGAUAAGUUUCACUUGGAGCAGGCAAAGCUGCGAUCAAAGAUUCGAAUUCAGGAUGGCAGAGCAAAACCCAUUGAUCUGCUUGCUCAGUACGUCAGCUCAGAUGAUAAUGACUUGGAAAUUCAAAUGCAUGAGCCAUAUACGAUAUUAGUAGGACUUAUGAUAGAGGACUUGGAAGACCUACUAGUAGACAUCAAGGUCUACAUGGAGUUAGAAGAGGGGAAAAAUGCUGAAUUUUGGAAGGAUAUGACAACUGUUUGUAGAGAUGAGCUUCGAAAAUUGAAAAAAGAAGACCCCAGAUACAGUGACCAAAUGGAUCGACGGGAGAGUAUAAAUGCAUCUGUGAAUCAAGAUGUAGAAGGCAUUUUUAAUUCCAAAACUUACAGUCAACUUAUACAACUGCAUAAACAGAUCAACCAGAAGAUUGCAAGUGGAGAUGCUGUGGACAUAGGUUACUGGGAAACAUUAUUACAUCAGUUAAAAGCAUACAUGGCUAAAGCCAGGUUAAGAGAAUUCCACCAAACAAUGCUGAGGAAAAAACUAGAUGAUCUGAAGAAGCAGAAAUCAGAGAUGGCUAAACAGUCUUCAGAUGAAUCAGAACCUGAAUCAGAGCGUGAGACUAAGGAAGACAAAUCAAAAACUAGAGAAGCGCCAUCUGUCUCAAAUGAAAGUCCUGCUAAAGAUAGUGAAACUGAAGAACAAAAUGAAAUCAAGCCUGACGAGAAUGAGGAGACAGAAGCUAGUGUUUACACAGAACAGGAUCUUACAGAAGAAGGUUAUGCAUCAUAUGAAGCUGGAAAGUACAGUCCCAGAAUGUUGAAGUUUAAUGAUGUUGAAGAGGUUAUUNCUUUGCUCAAAGAGGGCUUCUUUGUAGUGUGUAUAUAG